AUGGUCAGUCCUACGGCCAAGAUGGUGGGCCUCCGCGCACAAUAUGAGCACAUUUUGCACAAUGCUCUCCUCGUCACGGAAACAGCGGUGGAUCUGAAAGAACGAUCCCAGACCGGGAAGAAAUACGUCUCAGGCUUGAGAAAUCUGGCGGUGAGGGCGACUCGCACAAUUUCCGCCAUGCAAAACUCGGCGAAGAACUUCGUCCUCCUCGGGCAAAGGCUGACCGCUUCGGCGCUGCACCAGAUCGACUCGCUUCCUCUUCCCGAUCAGAACCUGAAGAACCUGAAACAGGGAUGAGCAUUUACACCGGCAGACUUUGAGAAGCUCCUGGCCAUCUUGGAGAAAGAGUUGCUGGACAGCGAUGAAUUGGAGAACGCUGAUACGGUGUUGAACCAUGACCUGGACAACGUCUCUUCAGUUGGGGUUUCGGAGAGGCUGAGGCACUUGGAAACCAAGCAGAAAUUCAGCGAGCAGAUUUCUUUGCCACCCACGAGCAGUGCUCGCAGCUUCCGGUCGGACGUGGACGAGAAGUACCCUGAAAAUUGGUCAAGGGAGUCUUUGAUAGAUUUGAAUAAUGUUGUCAACCUGCCUCCUGUGCCGGAGGAUGCCUUCAUCAGUUUCUCCAAGCCAGUCAGGACUUCCAGUCUGUCUUCGCUUAAAAGUAUCAGAAAGGUAAAGCUGUACCUCCAGCGAGCAGCUAACUCAGAGGAUGAGGAAAGUGAGUACGAUGAGCAUGAACUGUCAAUGUCUGAUGAUCCAGCAAGUAGUUCGGAAGGGGGUGAAUCGCGCUCUGUAGGUGUAUCCAUUAAAAAGGGCGCUGUGCUGUGUAACAUUAAGGAAGAAGCUCCGCAGGAACCAUAA